AUGAGUUCGGCCAAAAAACGUAAAUAUAAUGAUGAUUAUAUUAAAUACGGUUUUGUUGUUAUAAAAAAAGGUGAUAUCGAUCAUCCGCAGUGUGUUAUUUGUUAUAAGGUAUUGAGCAAUGAUGCCAUGAGACCCUCUCGUCUGGAACGACAUUUGUCAACAAAACAUAGCAGUUUAAAGGACAAGCCGAAGGAGUUUUUUGCAUCAAAAUCUGCGAGCUUGAAACGUAUGAAAUUGGAUAGUACUGGAUCUUUUGCGAAAUCGUCCGAGAAAGUGCUUCAAGCUUCUUAUGAACUAUCGCUUAUCAUCGCAAAGGCAAAGAAAAGUCAUACUAUCGGAGAAUCACUUAUUAAACCUUGCUUGUUAAAAGCAGCUGAUAUUUAUUUAUUUAUUUAUUUAUGCUUUAUUUGCACACCAAGUACAAAAAGGCGGACUUAA